AUGAUAACCGAGAUUAACGAUGUUGCUCAGCUACGGGAACUUGAGGUGCUGUCCCGUUUGCCAAUCACCAGCAGGACUCUCGAGGAUGCGCGUCGUGCCUAUCAAUACAUGGCUCAAAACAGACGGCUGGUUUCGACGGAUACUUGUAUGACUUUUAAGAGCGAAAAAAAGCUGGUUUAUCAUCCAAGCCGCGGCUGGUUGUCUCUGCAAGAUUGUGUCUGGAAGAGCGCCAACCCGCUCAAAAGUACGACCACUCUUGCUGAUGUGUAUCCCGAAUGCGAUGAUUUCUUCCGGGGAGUCCUCAGCAUCCAGGAUGCUGGCAUAUCUGAAGUAGUCGAGGAGUUGAAGCGAAUCAGCAAUACACCAGAGAGUUCGCAAGAGGUGGAAUCGAUGAAAUCCAUCAUGUUCAUUCUAUGCGACUACCUGGCAGAGGCCGGGCCCAUGGGCCGGCGCCUCCACACCAAGGAAAAAGAUGAAGUGCUCCAUCUCCAAGUUUUCCCAGUGGUGAAGAGCUCCCUGCAGCCGCAUGAUUCUGGUAGAGCAGCCAGAAGGAUCUUGGAUGAGACUUGGUACAUUGCCGACCGCACAGCCCUGAGGGAGGCCUUUUUGGGGAAGGUGGAAAUUCUGGACUUCGACAUCAACGACGUCGAUAAACUCCUGCCGCUGAUCGAAUGGCUAGAUCUCGACAAGCGACGUCUGAGCAAAGCUGUGGAGGAACGCACAGUAUGCACUGGAUCGACCGUCAUGCAGAACGAGUGGUCGCUGACCAUGCAGAAACGCGUCAGGUUUCUCUUUCUACUUGGAGGCAGAAAAAAUGAUGUGAGUGACACAUUCUUGCCUCCUGUGGACGUUUGGAAAGUGUCAGGUCUCGAACUGCGGAGAAGGAUAGGAGAUAUCCAAGGGGAGUCGGGAAUUAGUCACAUCUCCAUCAAAGAGGCUGGCUCACGGAUCAACGUGUUCGUUCUGCGCCAUCCUUUUGAGAACAGCCCAUUGCAGGUCGACAUGAAGCUCUCGGCUUUCUUCAUACGAUGGUGUUCCAUAAAAAAGGACGCCCAUUUUAAACUUGUUCCCUUGAUACUGAAGGCUACUCCACACGAGACACGAGGCUUACUGGAAGACAACAACAUCAGGUGCCCCUUUUCAGAGGAUGCAAACUACGCUGCCGAUGGAUCCUUGACGGAAAUAGCCAAUCACCUAACUGCGGUCAUGGAUGCACAUGAAGCCGCCAUUGCCGAGGCCAACAGCCGGUUCAAGGAAAUCGGCCGCCAAGCAGAAGCAUAUGUCGACGGCUUUUUCAAGAAGCACAUUCCAGACUGGAACUCCGAGACGCAUUGGACGAGCCAUCUUAGAGAAUCUUUCGGCUACCCGACGUUCCCAGGUGACGAGUCCACAACAGCCGACUUCACGUACACUGAUGAGGGGGGGACGCAUAUGCUCCCAAAACUCCAAGAACUCGGCAUCCUCAAGGAAAUGCGGUGCACAAAGGCAACCAAAUACCAUUUCGAGGUCAAGGGAACGGUGUUUGGCUGCGAUGAAGCGUUUCACCUCAGCCAAAACCAAAUGGAACUGGCCCGGAAGUAUGCACGAAAGGACGGCAUGAUACCAGCCGACAUUUACAUCAUAGCCCGCGUGUACAACGUCGAGAGAGGCCCAGAAGUUCGAUUCUACACUGACCCGUGGACAAAGAUAUUCAAGGGAGAAUUGUCCAUGGCGGCAUCGGGAACCGCAUUCCGCAUCACACGCAGAAAUGUAUGGGAGUGA